AUGCUUAGAAUAGACAAAGAGUGUAUGUGCCCUGUUUGCCUUGACAUUCUAAAAGAUCCGAUUAUCUUAAGCUGCUCUCACAAUCUCUGCUAUGAGUGCGCAGCUCAGCUCAUCACAGUACUUAGUCUCCGAGAAAAAGACGUAAUUUCUCCUUAGUCAAAAGUGUUUUCAUGCCCCAUCUGCAGAGGCUGUACCUUUCUGACAUCGCUUUCUCCUGAAUGUCUUCCCAAGAACCUUGUUCUAAAGAAUAUAAUUGAAAGCUGAAAAACAGCCCAAGAGCCAUCUUCUCAUAUUCUUUGCCAGCUCUGUGUUGAAAACCCCAAAUACGCGACCAGCGAGUGCAUAACAUGCGAAUCCACUCUUUGCCAAGACUGCUCUAUUUCUCACUUAUCAAAGCCAAGAUUUGCCCAUCAUAAAAUCCUACACUUAAGCAAAGUGAAGCAAGAACUGUGCAUGGAGCAUCACUUAGAAGAAGACUUAUUUUGCAUGACUGAUUGUGUAAAAUGCUGCAUGAAGUGUGCACAGUUUUCAGCACUCCACAAUGGGCACGUAAUUCUAACGAGAGAAGAUGCGAAACUUAGGCUUGCUAAUGAAAUCCUCCAAACAAAAGAAAUCUUGCCCCAGAUUUAUAGCAAAAUCACAACAACGAAAGAAGAGAUCAAGCAUCAGUUUAACGAGCUAGAAGAGCAGCAGCAGAAAAAUACUAAUGAACUGGAUGAAGUUUGCAAUCAGCUGAACUCGAAAGUUGAAGCUAUUAGAAACAGCACAAAAACAAAAAUUUGUAAGAGCUAUGAAACGCUUAAACAAAAUUUAUUUGAAAAAAUCGUUAUUCUUGAAGGCGUGCUUAAGCAAGCACAAGAGCUCUCGAACUUGUCAGAUGAUUUAUCACUAUACCAAAAAUCAAAAGAGCUUGCAACAAUAGAUCCUCAACUGAUUAUUGGUGAUAAGCCAGAAGUGCUGCUGCAGUUCAAAAACCAGAGUGCACUGAAUAAUCUGUUAGAGUCACUGUGCAUUUUAGAGAUGAAAACAUCGGAAAUCGUAGAAAGCAACAAAUUAUACUAUUUAAGCAGAGGAAGCAAAGAGUACGUUUGCUACGAUUUAGAAAAUCAAAGGGUCGCAACUAUGUCUAUUAGAUCUGCUGAUAUAAUUCCUCGAUGGUCAGGCUUUGUGCUCUUGCCAAACGGAAAUAUCUUAAUCACAGGAGGAAAGCCUAGCAAAGAAUCUGGGGCAAAACUUGCUGCCUUCUAUUUAAACCCAGAGACAGGUGACACGAUGCCAGCCCCAAAUAUGAUCAAUGGCCAUUCUUCUCAUAUAUGCUUACUAAUAAAUAACGAAGUAUAUGUUCUUUCAGGCAAAAACGAAAUCAACCAAACCCUAAACCACUGCGAAGUCUUGAAUUUGGCCACACAGAGCUGAAGAAGUAUUGCCAGCAUGACUUAUGGAAGAACUUGUGCUUCUGGGGUUCAUAUUAAAAAUUUCAUUUAUGUGUUUGGAGGCUAUCAAAAUACAGUCAACAAUACUAUUGAAAGAUAUUCUAUUGAAGUUAAUAAUUGGCAGUUACUGCCUACAGUUCUUCCUGAUAGACUCUGGCAGCAUGGCUGCUAUGCUUUGGAUUCUUCGCAGAUCUUGAUAUUUGGAGGAGAAGGGCCUAGCGAUGAGCCACAUAGGAUGUCUUAUGUGUAUAAUACAACAACAGAUGAGUUCUAUAAUAGUGCGAGCAUACCUCUAACUUCAACUUGGCUGUUCUUCUGGCUCCACGUUACAAGAAAAGGGCACAUGCUAUAUUCAAUCAACAAGGAAAACUACAUUCUGAAAUAUAAUAUUGUCACGAAUACAUGGAUUCCUUUGGCUAAUUAA